AGGGAGCUCAGUGCCACUUGUUGAAGGGCUUGCUGAAGGAAAGCAUCCAUCCUGAAGGAGAAGAUGGGUUCGGACAGCCGUUUGCCGGAGACUUCGGGGUCUUCUUCUCCUCCAGCGCCCCCUCCUUACCUGGGAGGUGAAGGGUCCCUGGAGCUCCGGGGGUCUUUAGAUUGCUGGGCCUGUGCCGUCCUGGUCACCCUCCAGAACCUCUUGGUGGCUAGCCUCAACCUGCUCCUGGUGGGACUCACCUUCGGCAUCGUCCUGCUCCCGGCCGGGGUCCUGGUCGCCUUCGGUGUCCUCUGCCACUCCAAGUUCUUACACACCCAGGCGUCCUACUGCACGGCCCACUUGCACGACUCGGCCUCGGUGGCACUGCUGGUGGUCGGCUUCACGCUGGCCGUGCCACUCCUGGUCCUGGCCCUGGCCGCCUACUGCCGUUUGGCCCGCCGCCUCCAGCUGGGCUACUGCCUCGUCCCGUACAGCAAAGCCGUCUACAAGAACCUGCCGGCCUCCCAGUACCACAGCUCCGGAUGCUGCUGCGCACAGGAACUCGACCCUGUGGAAAAGGUCUGGGUUUGAGGUGGCCACGGAGGGAACGUGGGUUAGGGUGGUGGGUUAGGGAUUGAGAAUGUCAAACUUUGAGGAAAUUGCUUUUCUCCCCUUCCAAACGAAGGGUGGCUACUACAUUGUUUAUCAGACUCGUUCCCAAGCCACGGGACUUGCUUGUGCAUACUACUGUUGUAAACGCAAGAGGUGUGACAUCCGACCCAGAGACCUCUGGACGUGGUAAACACAAAGGAGGAAACAAGAAAUGGAAAAUCC